CCUACUCGGGGUCGGCCUCGGCCCGCUGCUCCGAUGGAGCUGAGGCUUUGUGUUUGUGCCAUGCUGUUAGAACAGUGCCUACAGAAGCCGGCCCUCGGCAUGUCCCUGCUAUGUCUCUUCCCUUUCAUCGUUACUCAGGUUAAUGACAUGUUGUGAAGUUUUAGUGCGGGCUGUUUGCAGGUCUGUACUCUGACAGUCGGCAGGUACAACAUCUCUAAGUUACAGCAGGGGCACCUCUGCUCAAGAAGAAGCAGAAUGUUCUGGCUAAAAUAUGUCCAGGAAUGGGAGUUGUGUCUUCUUGCCUCUACCCCCAGGCUUUAGCUAAUGGCACACGUGGCCUCCUGCAUGGCUUUGUCAGGAGGAAAGGUUUUGCUUCCCAGUUCACCUGUUCUUUCCACUUGACUUCUCUGAGGGUGCAGCCCAGCAGAUGUAAAAGAUGCCUCUCAAACAGAAGAAUGCUCUGUGCCAUCUCUGCAGCCCUGUGCAUAAAGGUGGCAGGGCUUGCUUGGUGGGUCCCUGCUGUGUCACAGGUGGAAGCAAGACAAAGGGUGAUACUUAACAGACUUGGUGGAACCCUGAGGGCCCCGGGGAGGGCUGUCCCUUGGUGUUUUCCUUUGUUAUCUUUUGGCACCGAAGCCUCACCUGACUGCAGGUGUGGUUUCCAAGAUAGUAUUAUGCUCUCCUGUCACCAAAUUCCAUUCUUAUAUGACACCUGUCUCUCUAAAAUACUUUUCAGCUUAUCAGCCCACUGGGCAGAAUAUUAGUUCCCAUCGUAAACUGUGUGGCUAUACAGCUGCAGAGGGACUACAGAUGUGCACACAUUGUUUCAAAGCCCCUGUGCUAACCUGCUGAUGCCUACUGCAAGUCUUAAAUUUGCACCACAGAACAUGCAAUGGUCUGUACUCCAGUGUCUGCCCUCUCUAUGAGGAGGGGAGCUCAGUCCCCAGUGCUCCUCCACCACUUUGCGAAAUACUGGUGAUAUGCAUUGACAGUCAGGACUUUGGAAUCCAGCUGCAUUCACCCCUGGGAAGGACACAGGGACACCCUCGCACAGGACACAGGGUAGCUGUCAGGAAUUAAAUAGGGGAGGCAUUAUUUUUGGAGUGACCUACCUAAAUUUCUAGUAAUUCAGUACCCACAUGCUGAUGAUAAGGACUUGCUAACACAAAGUACAAAUGAUGAGGAAAAGAUGCGAGUGGUGCUCCAGAGGAGUCCGGGCUGAUGGCAGUGGGGAAGAAGCGCUGAUCUGCUUGAGGGCCCUACAGGGGGGUCGGGAUGGCUGCAUGGAUGGGCUGAGCACAACUGGAUCAGGCCCAAGAAGACCAAGUGCUGGCUGCUGCUCUUUGGCCACGAUAACCCCAGGCAGCACCACAGCGCUGCAGCACCAUGCCCAGGUGCCCAAGAAGGCCAAGGGCAUCCUGGUUUGUAGCAGAAAUGCUGCAGCCAGCAGGAGCAGGGAGGUGAUCGUGCCCCUGUAGACAGCACUGGUGAGGCCUCACCUCAAGUGCUGUAUUCUGUUCCAGGCCCCUCACUACAAGAAAGACGUGGAGGCCCUGCAGUGGGUCCAUGGAAGGGCAAUGGGGCAGGAAAAGGUCUGGAACAAAAGUCCCAUGAGGAGCGGCAGAGUGAACUGGGAUUGUUGAGUCCGGAGGAGGCCGUAUAACUCCCUGUAAGGAGGUUGUAGUGAGGUGGGGGUCAGCCUCUUCUCCCACGUAGCAGCGAUGGGAUGAGAGGGAAUGGCCUCAAGUUGAGCCAGGGGAGGUCCCCGAUGGAUACCAGGAAGAACAUCUCUGCUGAAAGAGCGGUCAGGCACUGGCACAACUGCCCAGGAGCUGGGGGAGUCAGUGUCCAUGGAGGUGUUCCUGAACCACGGGGAUGUGGCACUGAGGGACGUGGGCUGCUGGGCGGUGGGACUUGGUGAUCUUAGAGGUCUUUGGCAACCAUAGAUUCUGUGAUUCUGUGAAUCGAGUCAUUUAUUGUAACCAGAGGUAAUCAGCAGCGAACAACCAAAAAGUAAAGCCUCGAGAACAUCAUGGAAACACGUAAAGGCUUGACUGGGAUACUGAUGGCAGCGUUCAGGUGGGGCCAGAAGGGUGGACAUGUCACCCAGUGCCUUCAGCAGCACCAACAAGCCGGGUUCCAGUGGCGCUGCAUCGGCACCAGGCCCCUCGCUCUGGGCUGGCUGCAAGAGCCACCACCCUCCUGCUUGGGUGCCCUCAGCCCCUGUGAGGUGUGAUGACAUCACAGAGGGUGGCACAGAAUGGCCAUUGAGACACACGGGGUGUGAAGCUGAGCUAAGGCUGUGGGGCUCAGGCCAAGCUCAGUGCAACCUGGUGAGGUGAGCAGAGAGGAAGGGGCUGCCUGAGGCUGCCAAGCGAGGAGUGUUCCCCAGUGCUCGGGGGCCUGAGCUGUGAACUCAGCCUCAUCCCGCUUCUCCCAUUGGUUGGCACGUGGAGGACAAAGCCCAUCAGUGAUGGGACAGGGACUCUGCAAGUGGUUUCCGUCAAUACGCACAGUGUGCGUGGGGACGCAGGAGGCCACCGGCUCGAGGGAGCCAGCAUGUGUGCUGUGUGGCCGAGUGGAUAAUGACUCCAGCAUCCUUGGGUGCAAAGAAGAGCACAGUGGAUACUAUUUCCAUAUGUAUUGUGUGAAAGCUGCCAAUGAUCUUUGUCAACCAGGAUCAGAUAGCGACAGUGCAAGAUUUUAUUUACACGACCUGAUAAGCACAGUGAGACAGGCAGAGAAGAAGCUCUGCUUCAUUUGUGGCAAGAGGGGGGCCUUCAUCACCUGCGCGGAGCCAGACUGUAACCGCAGCUUCCAUCUCCCCUGUGCCUCAGAGGGUGAAUAUAUCACCCAGUACUUUGGAGAGUUCAGGUCCUUCUGCUGUGAGCACUGCCCGCAGCAGGCAGUGGAGGCAGUGCCGGAGCAGGACACGACCUGCAUCAUCUGCAUGGACCCCGUAGGUGACAGCAAGUCGUACAGCACCAUGGUGUGCCCGUCUUGCCAACACGCCUGGUUCCACCGGGCGUGCAUCCAGGAGCAGGCCCUGUGCGCAGGGAUUGACUGCUUCCAGUGCUCCCUCUGCAGAGACAGGGACUAUUUUAUUGCAGACAUGCUCACCAUGGGGAUCCGAAUCCCACUCAGAAGACCAACAUGGGAGGACAAUGAUGCCUUUGCAUCCCUGGGAGUUAGGCACCAGCACUGUGAUGCCACUGACUGCCUUAAUCCACACGGCAGAGAUUGGGAAGAGGAAGAAGGGCCCUGGGAGCUGCUCCUCUGCAGCUCCUGUGCUGCACAAGGGACUCAUCGGCGCUGUUCCUACCUGAGUCACAGCACAGCCGAGUGGGAGUGCAACACCUGUGCUGGAGAGGGCAUCGACUCCAACACAAAUUUGGACAGUGCUGGACUCAGCACCAUCACCCAACAGGAACCAGGGCCAUCCCAAGGUUCCAGCACCACCAGCCAGGCACCAUCAGGGUCAGCUGACUGUUCCCAUGUGCCUGCGAGCAGCGGCCGGUCCAGCCAGCACAGGAUGGGCCGGAGAAGAGUCCGCCCGCAUUUAUGCCGGGAGGAGAACACCUACAGUCAGCCCCGAGGACGCCGUGGGAGCUGCCGUAAUGCUGCCCCGAUUGCUGGGAGCAGCUCCCUAAACUCUGCCAGCUGUAGGACAUCAGAGUCCUCGAGGCACUCCCCAGAACUUGGCUACAACCGCUGGUGCAGACAGGGACAGCGGGCCCGGACACAAAGCCGCUCUCCGUUGCAGCGCCGGGCCCAAGGUUCUCCAAGCCAGCCCCAAACACGCCGUGGGAGCAGACAGGCACCAACACCAAGUGCUGAGAGCUGCACCCACAGCUACACCACACCGAGAGCACCGCGGUCCUCAGGGGAUUCCACAGCGGCUGAUGGAAGCCGGUCCCGGCAGCCAAGGCGGGCGCGGACUCGAAGCCACUCCCCUCUUGAACAUCGGGCUGCAGAGAUCCACAGCCAGCCCCGAAAUCGCCGCAGGAGCCAAUCCAGGCGGCGAGGGCCACCCCAGGGGAGAAACUGCUCCCGGGUACCACGUCGGGCCCAGCACAUCCACAGCCGGCCCUAAUGAUGCAACGGAAACAGUUGUGUAAAAGCUCCAUUUGCUGUCAUCAGAUCCA